AUGUCUUUCUCCUCGCCACCGCCCCGCAAAGCUGCCCGUACAGGCCUUCAGCGUACCGGCUCCUACCUGUCUUUGGAAGACAUGCAGGCUGCCGUAACCACAACCCUAUACGGCCGCACCAGCAGCGCUUCGCCUUCUUCGUCUUCGCGCUCGGAGCGAGUCCCCAACGGGCCCACCUCAGCCAUCCACCUCUCCUACACCGGUUCCUACGUCCGUCUCCAUCGUCAUGCCCAGCUUCCGCCGUCCGUCGCCUCUCGCGGCCAAGCCGUCCACAGCGCCGCCUCGCACAUGCUUCCCACGCUCCAAGCCAGAGCCGACCUUUACCGUGUGGCCAUUACAACCCGCAUGCGCAUGUCGCCCGAGGGUCGAAAGAUACUCUACAUGGGCCGCGAUGGCGACGAACGACCUGAGCGGAUAGUCGCGUCUCAGCGCGAGGGGGAUGGUGACACUAUCAUGACGGAGGACGUUGGGCAGCCGUGGGUCGUCGUCCCACCGGAGGAUUGGGAGAUGGUCGAUUGCGCGGCGUAG